CAGCGAGGCAGCGAUAAUGAAGAUGGUGGCAGCAGCAUUUAUUCCUCCUCAGAAUCUGAUAUUUCAACUGAUGAGUUGACUGAUUCUGAAUCAGGCAGACACCACUUUGCUGAUCUGGAUACCUGUCCAACUGGAUGCGAGCAGAGUUUGUUCGAUCGGACGUGUCUUUUAAGAGAACAAAAGCUGGAUGUGGAAGACGCUAUAGCAGAAGAAAAGAGGAAUAGAGAUUUGCUCUAUGAAGAGCUUGCUGAACUCCAAAGAAUCAAUAAAGUUUUAGAAGAAGAAGUCAAAACUGCUAAAACUAAUUUAGAAAUGUUUCAGUCUGAAAAACAAAAGAAAUUGAAUGAAAUUAACACCGUUGUUACACUGACAAUGAAGCAAAUUGAGACGGUGAACUACGGAGUCAUGUCCCUUGACAUGCAGAACGCGCUUGUGUUUGAUAAGAAUGUUCUCAGAAAAAUGAAACAGCGAAUCAGUGAACUGAAAGAAGAAAAAAAUGACUUGAAAAGACAGCAAGGGGAAGCCAAAAAAAAGUAUUCAAAACUUGUGAAAGAUCAGAAACACGUCCAGCUGAAGAUAGAAGAGGCAAAGAAAGAAUGCGACAGAAUGAUGGUUGAUAAGUUUGGUAAAAUUAUUGAUUUGAAUAUUUUAGAAAAAAUCACAAUAAAUCAACCAUUGGAACAAGUGAAA